GCCAUGCCCCGCAACCACGGCGGCGGGGAGGAGGGCGGCUCGGCGGGGCUCUGGAUGAAGAGCGGAGCGGCGGCGGGCAUGAAGGAUGUGGAGUCGGGCCGGGGCAGGGCGCUGGCGAGCUCGGCGGCCCGCGGCGACGGCCUGCUGCUCCUGGGCACCGGCGGCACGGCCGCCCCCGCCGGGCUGCGGGAGGGCCGCCGCGGGAAGCACGGCGCCCGCAUGAGCCUGCUGGGGAAGCCGCUGUCGUACAGCAGCGGCCCGAGCUGCCGCAGGAACGCCAAGUACCGCCGGCUGCAGAACUACCUGUACAACGUGCUGGAGCGGCCCCGCGGCUGGGCCUUCGUCUACCACGCCUUCGUUUUUCUCCUUGUGUUUGGUUGCUUGAUUUUGUCCGUGUUUUCCACUAUCCCUGAGCACACAAAACUUGCCUCUGGUUGUCUCUUCAUCUUGGAGUUUGUGAUGAUUGUUGUCUUUGGGCUGGAGUUCAUCGUCCGCAUCUGGUCGGCCGGCUGCUGCUGUCGGUACCGCGGCUGGCAGGGCAGGCUGCGCUUCGCCAGGAAGCCUUUCUGUGUCAUAGACAUCAUUGUUCUCAUCGCUUCGGUAGCAGUUGUUUCUGCCAAAACUCAGGGUAACAUUUUUGCAACAUCGGCACUGAGAAGCCUUCGCUUCCUGCAGAUCCUCCGCAUGGUUCGCAUGGACCGCAGGGGAGGCACCUGGAAGCUGCUGGGCUCGGUGGUGUACGCGCACAGCAAGGAGCUGAUCACAGCCUGGUACAUAGGAUUUUUAGUCCUCAUCUUUUCAUCCUUCCUGGUUUACCUGGUGGAAAAGGAUGCAAACAACCAGUUCUCCACAUAUGCAGAUGCUCUCUGGUGGGGCACAAUCACGCUGACAACCAUCGGCUACGGAGACAAAACUCCUCUGACCUGGCUUGGGAGGUUGCUGUCUGCAGGAUUCGCUCUGCUGGGCAUCUCUUUCUUUGCACUGCCUGCUGGCAUCCUUGGCUCAGGAUUUGCACUCAAAGUGCAGGAGCAGCAUCGCCAGAAACACUUUGAGAAAAGGAGGAACCCAGCUGCCAGUCUGAUCCAGUGUGUGUGGCGGAGUUACGCGGCUGAUGAGAAAUCAGUCUCCAUUGCUACCUGGAAGCCUCACUUGAAGGCCUUGCACACCUGCAGCCCUACAAAAAAAGAACAAGGGGAAGCUUCCAGCAGUCAGAAGCUGAGCUUCAAGGAGCGUGUGCGGAUGGCCAGCCCGCGGGGGCAGAGCAUCAAGAGCCGGCAGUGCUCGGUGGGGGACCGCCGCUCCCCCAGCGCCGACGCCGCCCCCGAGGGCAGCCCCACCAAGGUGCAGAAGAGUUGGAGCUUCAACGACCGCACUCGCUUCAGGCCCUCGCUGCGCCUCAAGAGCUCCCAGCCCAAGCCUGUGCUCGACGCUGACACCAGCCUGGGGACCGAUGAUGUGUACGAUGAGAAAGGCUGCCAGUGCGAUGUGUCGGUGGAAGAUCUCACUCCUGCUCUCAAAACUGUCAUCAGAGCCAUCAGGAUUAUGAAAUUCCACGUGGCAAAGAGGAAGUUCAAGGAAACUCUUCGCCCCUACGAUGUGAAAGAUGUCAUUGAGCAGUACUCAGCAGGCCACCUGGACAUGCUCUGCAGGAUUAAGAGUCUCCAGUCACGUGUUGACCAGAUCCUAGGGAAGGGACAAAUCACAGCAGACAAAAGAAGCAGAGAGAAGAACCCUGCAGAGAGUGAGACAGCUGAUGACCUCAGCAUGCUGGGCCGUGUGGUGAAGGUGGAGAAGCAGGUUCAAUCCAUCGAGUCCAAGCUGGACUGCCUGUUGGACAUUUACCAGCAGGUGCUGCGGAAGGGCUCUGCCUCGGCGCUGGCUUUGGCGUCCCUGCAGGCGCCAGCCUUCGACUGCGAGCAGACCUCCGACUACCAGAGCCCCGCGGACAGCAAGGACUCUGCCCAAACCAGCGGCUGCGUGUCCAGAUCAGCCAGUGCCAACCUGCCUCGUGGCCUGCAGCUCAUCCUGACCCCCAACGAGUUCAGCACUCAGGCUUACUACGCCUUCAGCCCAGCCGGGCACAGUCAGGCGACGCACGUGCCAAACGACGGAGCCGCGGCGGCCGGCGGCGCGGCGCACCAGACCGGCCAGGCCGCCAAGCCGGCGGCUCCCUCCACCUUGCAGAUUCCGCCUUUCUCGUCCCUGAAGCACCUCAGCAGGCCUGAGCCGGUUCACAUCAUUCCUGUCACCACCCAGGAGAACGUUUCCGAGGUCACCGCUUGCCUGGUCGCCUCCAGGGACGGCGGGCAGGCCGCGCCGCCGGCCGCCAGGGAGCCGGCCUGGAGGAAAAGCCUGGACGCGGGAGGGGAGCCCUCGCUCUCGGUCAGACCCGUGGUGCAGAUGGACUUGGGGAAGUCUUUGUCUGUGCAAAACCUCAUACAGUCGACAGAAGAACUGAACGUGCAGGGGGCUGGCAGCGACUCCAGCGGUUCCAGAGGCAGCCAAGACGUCUACUCCAAGUGGAGGGAGUCCAAACUGUUUAUAACUGACGAAGAGUUGGAGGCAGAGGCAGGGACAGAGACUGCUGAAGCCGCCCCCCGCCCGCUGGUGGAAACGACUCUCUCUGCUGACUCUCUAAGGACUGGAAUAUCAAGAUCAUCUCAGAACAUCUGCAAGCCAGGGGAUGGUACAGAAGCACUCAGUCUGCUCCACGUCAAACUGAAAUAGCGGCUCGGGGGCUGCCUUCACUGGCUGGGUCGUUCCUCUGCUCACACACAGCAUAGCAUGAACUGCUCCCAAAGCCUUUCAAAUCAGAGGAAAUCACCAACGCCCCCCCACCCCCCCACCCCAGG